GGUCGUAUUUAUACAAAAACUCGGCUGCACUAUACGUCUGUGAUUUGUGUUUGUACUAGCCUAUAGUUGUCUGUAUGUAUGUUAGUUGUAUGUAACCACGUGGGUUUAAGCCAGUAGACGAUACUUAGAAAAUAGUGUACGCUUUCUUAAGGUUUGUUAAUUAACAAAAGGAUAACGCUAGUUUAUUUGUUGUUAAAAUUCCAAUUAUAGUUGAAAUUAGUUUAACCGUUUGCAAAAUAAAUAAACAAAUAGCCUAUAUUUAAUAUGGCUGAUUAUCUGAUUUGUGCUGGAGUUGGUUAUAUUCCUGAAGACGGACUUACAGGUGCACAACUUUUUUCAAAUGGAGACGGUCUUACUUACAAUGAUUUUAUCCUUUUGCCUGGAUUUAUUGACUUCACUGCAGACGAAGUGGACUUGACAUCAGCACUGACUAAAAAGAUCACCCUGCAGGCUCCUCUGGUUUCGUCUCCCAUGGACACAGUCACGGAGUCUGACAUGGCGAUCGCUAUGGCGUUGUGCGGAGGUAUUGGGAUUAUUCACCACAAUUGUACACCCGAGUACCAAGCCAGUGAAGUCAACAAGGUGAAGAAGUACAAACAUGGUUUCAUCAGAAACCCUAUAGUUCUGUCACCCACUCACCUUGUUAGAGAUGUGUUUCGCCUGAAAAAAGAACACGGUUUUUGUGGGUUUCCAGUAACAGAGAAUGGAAAAAUUGGUGGUAAACUAGUAGGCAUCAUCACUUCACGAGACAUUGACUUCAGAGAGGAUGUGAUGAGUCAGCAACUUGAGCUGGAAACAGUGAUGACCAAGCUGGAGCAUCUGGUAUAUGCCACCUCAGAUGUUACACUGGAAGAGGCUAACAGUAUGCUUGAAAAAUCCAAGAAGGGCAAGCUACCUAUUGUAAACGACAAAGGGGAGCUGGUCGCUCUUAUCGCAAGGACAGAUCUCAAGAAAUCUCGGGACUAUCCUCACGCCAGUAAAGAUGAGAACAAGCAGCUGUUGGUCGGAGCUGCCAUCAGUACACGUAACGAGGAGAAGGAACGACUUAAACUACUUGCCAAUGCUGGAGUUGACGUUAUAGUUUUGGAUUCUUCACAAGGAAACUCGGUUUACCAGAUUGAUAUGAUCCGAUAUAUAAAAAAAGAAUACCCAAAUCUUCAAGUUAUUGGUGGAAAUGUGGUUACAGCAGCACAAGCUAAGAACCUGAUUGAUGCUGGAGCAGAUGGGCUGCGAGUGGGGAUGGGCUCUGGUAGCAUCUGUAUCACGCAGGAAGUGAUGGCAGUAGGAAGACCCCAGGGUACAGCUGUGUAUAAAGUGUCAGAGUACGCUCGGCGGUUCGGUGUUCCGGUCAUAGCAGAUGGAGGCAUCCAGAAUAUUGGCCAUAUCAUCAAGGCUCUUUCCCUUGGUGCAUCGACAGUUAUGAUGGGUUCACUCCUGGCAGGUACCUCAGAAGCACCUGGAGAAUAUUUCUUCUCAGAUGGAGUAAGGCUCAAGAAAUACCGAGGAAUGGGCAGCCUGGAGGCAAUGAAUAGGAAAGAUGCCCAAGGUGGAGCAAUGGAUAGAUAUUUUCAUAGUGAGAUUGAUAAGCUGAAGGUAGCACAAGGAGUGAGUGGUUCCAUUGUAGACAAGGGUUCAGUGCUCAGGUUUCUACCCUACCUUCAGUGUGGUCUCAGGCAUGGAUGUCAGGAUAUUGGUGCUCGCAGCCUUUCACUUUUGAGAUCUAUGAUGUACUCUGGAGAACUGAAAUUCGAACGUCGGACACAAUCUGCACAGUCGGAAGGAAAUGUUCAUAGCCUUUUCUCAUACGAGAAACGACUUUUCUAGCUAGGAUCUGGGCAACAACCGACAAGUGUGAGUGACUGAGGCAUAUCAAGUUCCUAUUGUCUCACUACUCAACCUCACAACCCUAGCCUUCUAAUGUGAUACAUUUAGUAAUUUUUCUUCCUUUUCGCUCUUGGUUUCAUUGACAUAAUGAACUGUGUUUUUUUGGUAAAAGAGUUUUUUUUUACUUUGUUAAUUCGUGUAUUGUUAUACUCUUCUUAUUAUAUGUAGUUUUAAAAGUUUUGUAUUUAUUUAGGUUUUGUGUGUUUUGUUUACCGUCAUUAACUCAGAAUUACUUAAUAAGGCAAGUUUUAUCUAGUUUGGACUGUGGUUCUCUAUAAAUUACUGUUAUUUUACUGUGUAAUAUUUGUUUAGUUUUUAUAUUUGUUCAUGUUUUAAUUGUAAUAAGACUAAAUGCUAGGCAUAAUUCCAGAUUUUUUGCAUUAUGUUUAUUGUCAGAAAAUGUAUUAAUACUUGUAUCACUAAAUACAAUUUUGGUUUGAGCUUUA